AUGGAUACCUCCAGUGCUGCCCACCAUGCGACAGAGCUUCAUGGAAUGCGAUUCGAAGAUGGUACGAGGCUCAGUGUCAAGAUAUCCGAUCCUGGACAAAAAACAGCCCGCAGUGGUCCCAGAUACGAAGGACGAGAAAUUUAUGUUUCCAACGUUGCUUGGGACGCUAGUGAAAAAGAUCUGAAAGAACUGUUUUCCAAAUUCGGUGACAUUGAAAAGGCCUUGAUUGAGAGAAAGAUUAAUGGUGGCAGCAAGGGAUUCGGCUUUGUUACUUUCGCCACCAAGGAAGCUGCCAAGGAUGCCGUCGCUAUGAAUGAAUAUGUGUUCAGGUCUCGUCCUCUGCGUGUUGAAAUUGCUACCACCGACACUCGACGUGGAAACCAAGUCGUCAUCUCUCGAGUUGCAUCACACCCGGCGGACUACGGUGUCCGCGGUCUUGAAGUUCCGGUUGGCGAGCAUUCACAGCGCACACUUGCUUUGAUGAACGUCCCCGAUACCGUCAAUCAAGCCCGCAUUCGGACCCUUGUCGAACCAUAUGGCCGUUUAGUCGCGAUCAAUUUGCGCCCAGAACAUCAAGGUGCUAUUGUGGAAUAUGUCGAUAUUCAAGAUGCCGGCAAAGCUGCGUUAGCGCUCGAAGGGAAGGAGAUCACUGCUGGACGCCCGCUCCAUAUCGGCACAGUUCGAGAGAUGAUGAAUUCGCAACCGGAAAUCAAAAAGGACCGGGGGCAAUCCGUCAAGCAGGAAAACAAAACAAAGAAGCCGAACCUGCAACCAACUGGGCCGAUUAGACGCCCGCAGCAACCUGGAGCUCGAAAGAGUGGUCUUGGGAUGAAGCGACAGAUCGCACCUCCUGGUCAGCAACCAUCUGCCGCCAAUCCGGCCAGUGACAAAAUGGACACGACGCCUGACGGCGAGAGCAAACCGAAAAAAAGCAAUGACGAUUUCCGCGCAAUGCUUCACCAAAAGCGUCCGGAAUGA